GAACUAUCGGCACCGUACUUUGCGCUUUUCCGCAGCUGGAUUUCUGUCACUUUUCUCGGAAGCACUCUAAAUGUGCUAUGGCUCACGAAUGCAUGAAGACUGUAGUUUUUAUUAUUUUUCUUUUCUGCGUAGGCGUUUCUUGUUCUACGCUCGCAUCAAGAUGCCCGAAAAUAACGUUCGCUGAACGACUUGGAAAGUAUCCGGACGCUUUAGAGCUUAUUAGUGAGAAGUCACCCAAAUACUCUCUCGUGUUUCAUUCUCAUAACCGCGGAUUCACUCAGCAAACGCCAUGUCUGGAAAUAUUAAAUUUUGCAGUCGACCGGGCCUCAUGGCUCUCAAAAGCUACAUACGCAUAUUAUAAUAUGCACUCAAAAUAUAUAACAAAAGGCCACAUUUACAUAUCGACGAAAAAGCACACUAAUACAUUUAUUUCAGAUGAUACGUUUGUUGUCUACUUGGACGGAUCAGGUCAAGGUGGAACUCCGUGGUCAGCACUUGAGAGCGAAAUAAUUCACAAUGAUGAAUAUUGUGUGUUUAUCAGAUCUCCAAUGUUAGGGUCGCAAGUGUGGGCCAGAACAGCAUAUCUAAAAAACAACCAGGAAGUGCCUUACCUCUGUACAUUCCUCUAUGAGAUGUGUGGAGCGACAGAAAAGUACUUUGUGUACAACUUCACAACAUGUAAAAAUUUUGAUCCGAAAUAAAUGUAGUUUCUCCAACAAA